AUGUUCUGCUCCAGGAGAGUCCUGCAGCAGUGGUGCUUCGCUCUGUUCCUGCUCUGCUCUCCUGUGCCGCACUUUGGACGCCCCAUCGAUGCCCUCAGCAGCAGAAUAAAGCGGUCGGUGACUCACGCUCAGCUGAUGCACGAUAAAGGCCGGGUGAUGCAGGACUUGAAGCGGAGGAUGUGGCUGCAGGAGCUUUUAGACGAAGUCCACACGGCCGAGAUCAGAGAACUCUCAGCCCGGACGACUGCGGGAGGCGGGAGCAGCAGCGGGGUCGGGCUGUCCGGGGUCGGCCUGGGAAUACACUUGAGCACCACCGGCAGCACCCUGCACUCCAAACCCCCCGGAGGAACCAAGAACCUGCCCAUCAGCUUCAAACUGGAGGAGGAGGAGGGCACCAACCUGCCGCAGGAGACCAACAAGUCUCAGACAUACAAAGACGGCGUGCUGAAGGCGUCCGGGAAGAAGAAGAAGAAAGGGAGGUCCGGGAAGAGGAGGGAGGGGGAGAAGAGGAAGAGGAGGGCGCGCUCGCUCGGGUGGAGGCCGGAAGACGAACAAGGAAGUGGACUCCACCUGGAGUGGAGGUCUCUGCUCGGCCUGCAGAGGGCGCUACUUUAAAAAACGUUGUCAGUCUCUGACAAAGAAAUGUUCGGACAGUCGCAGUGGACUCCUAAACUCUCACAUUGCAGAUUUCUGUAAAAGUGAUUGUUUGGAAAGAAUUUGGAAAAUAUUUAUUGUUUGUAAAUAUUCUAAAUAUAGCAGAAAUAGCAGAAUAUGAUUAAAAGAUCUUAUUUGAUGCUGUGUGAGGCGACAGAUUUUAAUCUUUGUGAAUCCUUGCUUUUUUUCUUUUUUUAUUCCAAUUAUGUCAGAUUUUUUUGCAGUAAUUUAUUUUGUCUGAAUGGUGUAUUUAUUUUGUAAAUGUAUCGAGGUGCUGCUGACCUUCUAUAUUUUUGUACCAUAUUGCACUUUAGAUAUAUAAAUAUAAAUAUAUACCAUUAAUUUUGUUCCAUGACUCGUUGAUGUGGUUUAUUGAAAUGAAGAAAAAACGACGGUCGUCACUCUUGUGUGAUUUUUCUCUUUGAUUUUUGACCUUUGGCUCUCCACACGUCCUGUUUUUUUUUUUGUUUCUUCGCUGCUGUUUUUGUUUCUGAUGGAAGCUGUUUGUUGUCUCACGUUUGUGUUCGACCCUCCUGCCGCCUUCAGUGUUUCCUCCUCCACCCGCUCUGCUUCUCAACGCCAAAGUUCAUCUGUGUACAUACACCAAACACGGCUCGAUAUUGUUGUUUCAUUGGCACUUGCACUGAU